AACUCUUGCACAUAAUUGAGCACUCGGCUAAAGUAAUUUACAGUGCGUUUAGGCAUCUAAACAACCCGGCAUUUAAAAAUAAAAUGUUUUUGGUGGCUGUUUUGACAUUGAGAGAAAUCAACGUUUGUGUGUCUCUUACUACAUCCCGUGCAUGAAUUUCCAGUGAGCGACAAUACAGUUCUAGGAUUUCGCUGGAUGUGGGAUACGUAAGGACUUGAAAGUAAGUCCUUGGGAUGGGUGGGGUCCUCUAUGCAGCAAAGAGUGCGGGAGGGGGGCGAGACGACGGACGAGGUGCGGGGAAGUGCGAAUAUCCGCGGAUGCUGGGGCAUCAGAUAGGCUACGAAAAUCAAGAAAAUAAAUUGAGAGCUUAAAAUACCCAAGCAGGAUAUUGUUCCACCCUGUUUCCCCCUUAUCCUCUGAAUAUGUUCAAGGCCUUGGCAGGAAUCUGUUUGCUUCAUCUGACUACGAUUUUCUUCCUUUUUUGGGCAACUAUAGAUGAUGCGUGGUGGUUCACAGAGAACCUUUAUACAGACUUGUGGGGCAGAUGGGUGAUGGAGAACAAUGAUAAUGUCUGGGUGUACAUGGACAUACCAACCUCUUACCGGAAAGACUACCUGCAAGCGGUCCAGGCGUUUGCAGUGCUGUCCUGCCUGUUUGCUGUGUUCUCUCUGUGCGUGUUUAUAUUCCAACUCUUUACUCUGGGCAAAGGAAAGCGGUUCACCAUCUCUGGAGUUGUGCAGCUCAUCUCCUGUUUCUGCAUCAUGGUGGCUCUAUCAAUCUACACUGAUAACUUUCACUGGAAUGAGAAGAAUGGCUGGUACGGCUGGUCCUACAUCAUGGCCUGGUUUGGGUGGCUGCUGACCCUCUUCACUGGAAUUAUGUACAUCAUCCUGCGCAAACGAGCGGAUUAAACUUUAGCCCUCGCUCUCAGUGCUAAUGUACAGCCUUAAUUAUUUUACUUCAAAAUGCAGAACUUGAAAAUAGUGAGUUGUCUCAAAUAUUACAGGUGUUGGCUGGAAUUGUAGAACUUGUGCAACAAAUCGCAGCAUUAGCAGUGCAUUGAAACUUUUGAGAAAAGUUUAAACUCAGAGUAUGUUGAUUCAGCAUUUAAGAAAAAUUGACUAGAGGAGUUAACAUUUUUGUUUGGAGUAACACAAUAGAUUGGUUUGAUAGGUCAUCUUUCCUUGUUUUUCAAAGCACUGAGGGCAGUAAGAGGGUCUACAUGCUUUAUUGCAGGGGUUAAGAUGCUGAAGAUGCAGUAUAUACAAGAAUGAAAUGUAAAAAAUGUAUUUAUAAUAUGUAUAAAGAAAAAGAUAAGUUGUACAUAUAAAGUACAUACAGAAAAAUAUAAGUUAUCAAAGUGUAGUUUAAAACAUCACUUGCACUUUAAGAAUUAUGUCUUAAACAUGGGUUUAUUUUAUUUCAAUGGAUUUUUUUUUUUUUGUGUUGUAGAUGGUAAUAGCACAGGAUAGUCUCUAGGUCAAGAUAAGGGUCAAAUCUUUGUUACUGCGAUGCAUUAUGGUGCUGUUCAAUUUGUGAUCAUCCACUUGAUCAUGUAGACUUCUGAAUACACAAUCUUUUUGUAAUUUCAUUGUACAGACCCUCUGCCACCAUAUUUACUUAACAAUUUCUGUGUGGCGAACAGCUUCCUUGAUAAUGACAUCCUGGGCCCUGUUGCUAUGCCAGCCAUUUUUGAUUAGCAUGAUGAUGAUAAAUGAUUGCUCAUGUGGUCAGAUGAUCACCUUGUAAGAUUCUAAUUGUAGAGCACAGAAUGUUCAAAAUAAUUUUUAGAAUGCUUUUGUUUUUUAAAUGUCAAUAUCUAGUCAUAAUUCUAUGGGAGCAAUUAUUCAGCAUCCUCUCAAGGAAGAAGCUCCUUAUGGAUGUCUGAGCUAUCCAGUUUCUGCUUACUUUGUUCGGUUAAAGUUUUAACCAGCUCUAGAUGUAUUUUUAUGUUGCAGUAUGAUAGUAAAUGGAAAGGACUUUAUUUUUUCAAUGCAAAGCCAAACAGUGUAAACCAGGGAGGACAUUAAUUUUACUAAUCACACAAAUAAAAACCUUGCCAUAAGAA